CUAACAUGUAAGUUUUUGUUACCAAAAAUGCAAUUUGUAUGUAGCCACAAUUUCAUGGCCGACCUGCUUUUUUUUUCUUCUUCUUUCUGAAAACCACAAAUAUGAUUACACGUGGCCUGAAAAGAACGAACAGAAACUCGGUAAUGUGCAAAAAAUAUCUUACUCUUAAUACGUGUAAUUUUGGAGUGUAAUAGGUCUAUCGAUCUAUAAAACGAUACUAUUGGAGAUUAGAUUCUUCUCAUCUCACUUUGUUCAUCUAAAAACUCCUCCUUUCAUUUCCAAACAAAAACUUCUUUUUAUUCUCACAUCUUAAAGAUCUCUCUCAUGGCGAUGUCUUUCUCAGGAGCUGUUCUCACUGGUAUGGCUUCUUCUUUCCACAGCGGAGCCAAGCAGAGCAGCUUCGGCGCUGUCAGAGUCGGCCAGAAAACUCAGUUCGUCGUCGUUUCUCAACGCAAGAAGUCGUUGAUCUACGCCGCUAAAGGUGACGGCAACAUCCUCGAUGACCUCAACGAGGCCACAAAGAAAGCUUCAGAUUUCGUGACGGAUAAAACAAAAGAGGCAUUAGCAGAUGGUGAGAAAGCGAAAGACUACGUUGUUGAAAAAAACAGUGAAACCGCAGAUACAUUGGGUAAAGAAGCUGAGAAAGCUGCGGCGUAUGUGGAGGAGAAAGGAAAAGAAGCCGCAAACAAGGCGGCAGAGUUCGCGGAGGGUAAAGCAGGAGAGGCUAAGGAUGCCACAAAGUAGGGUCUUACCUAAUCAGUUAAUUUCAAGCACUUAAACUCGUAGAUAUAUUGAUCCAUAUCCUCUCUCUUCAUGUUUAAUAGUACUUACAAUAAGAUGAGUCUGUUGUAAUUUCUAUUAAUUUCACAUCACAACUGAAAUAAGAUAUGGUAUCCACAGUCACCGUCACAUUCUUUAAUGUUUUGCAAAAUAUUCAAUAGACAAAAUUAAAUAAUGAGUAAUUAUAAGUAACAUCGCCGUCUAGAGUCUUUCAACGGUGAAAGGAUGAGAGCAUAUGGGAGAUCGAUAGCCUUGUCUCUUUUGUGACGAACCAAUAAAAGAGGAACUGCUUUUUUUCUUCGCAUGUCCACUAUUUACUGUUUGGUAUGACAUCGAAUUGGUAUGAUACAUUGUUGUACCAAAAACUUCAAAAUUUGGUGGCUUGUAAUCAACAUUGAUCCACUUAGCCAUUCCAAGCAGUGAAUUACAAUCCGUGGAAGGAAAAAUUAUGGUCCGGCACCAACAAAUUAUCACCUCAUCUCCCGUCACAAACAUAUCAUCUAGAAGUCGGUAUGCCACACCACAUAAUUAAGGAGCACAUUACUCACAUACCCAACCAAUGUGGGACAUAUCUAAUAAGCUCAUUCUUGGCUGGUACAUGCUCUAUUUCAUAUUUAUCAAAAAAAAAAAUAUUAGGCAUUGUAAAUAGCGUUUUUGCUGUUGAGCAAAAUAGUUAUAUUUGAAAGUAACAUUGGUAUUUAUAAUUAUAGUAUAACAAUUAGGCAUUGAAGUGUGAGUUUUUGUUUUUGUUUAUUUAACAUUGG